UCGUCUCGCAGCUUCGCAACAUCAGCGCCCCUCAGCGCUGCGCCCAUCCCGCCUCGCACUGUCCCCACCUCGCAGCACAAAGCGGGCACUCGUCCACCCCGCAAUCUCGUGGAACAAGUGACCAAGUACCCUCGCCACCCUCUCAACGCUUUUUUCCACUUCCAAGAGCAGCCAGUCUCGCCAGACUCCAAGGAAAAGAUUGCAGUCCCCACCACGGUGGUUGAGGGGCUCGACCUCUCCCUCCGUCCACAGGGUGAUGGAUCCUCGCGCUCUUGGAGGGCUUCGGAGAUGAGGAGGAAGAGCAGCCUGGAAUUGCACCAGCUGUGGUACGUCUGUGCUAUGGAGCGUAAUAGGCUUGCGACCAAGAUCGCAGAGUAUACGAGGUUGGAGGCGGGCAAUAUUGCCAAGGGGAUGGCAGAGAGCGUCAUUGGAAGGGCGGCCAAGCUCCGCAAGUCUCAAGGUCGUAUCAAGCUCGUCCUCAACGAGCGUCGUCUUGCCCUCCUCGAGGCGCAGAACCUUGCCCGG